GCGUUUUUUUAUAACGGGGUUUUGUGGGGUUCUUUUGCAGGACGUCACACACACACACACACACACACAACACACUCGGCCUGAUGAACGUGAAUUCCACGCAAAUGCUGGAAAAUACUUGAAGCGAUUCAUUAUAACGUCCGUUUCUAGGCGACCGCGAAUGUUCAGAAGUUCCGUUAGAACGCUCCCGGUACAUGAAAGAAAAACAGUUCGGUUGAACUCACUGCAGCAGAGUUUGGAUAAGCGGCACCGUGUGUGUUUCGCGGAAUUAUUCAAAAUAAUAACCUAGAACGAUAAGUAAUUAAAUGGUUCUGAAUAACGUCAAGAGAUGUGCACAGCACAGAUGUUGCAGGACAUGGAUCAGCGGCUGCAGGAGGAAGGGUUGGACUCCUCGGCCUCCAGCGAGGAGCGUCUGUCUCUGCUGUGGCAGCUUUACAGGAAAAGUGAAAGCACCGUGAGAUCCCUCAACCAGCAGAUGCAAGAUCUGCAGAAGGAACGCGUUGCUGAGAUUGAAAAGGUUCAGCAAUAUAUCAAUCACAUUAAGACUCUCACAAAGACCCGAGACUCUGUGGCUUUACAUCUCGAGCAAGAAAACAAAACGCUCCAUGCAACUCUGGAUGACAUCCAUCGGCAACAAGAAGCACAGAGGAGUGAGAUCUCCGAGAUGUUACUUCAGGAAGGUCUGGCUGAUAUUAUUCCCAUCAGCUUGAGUGAACAGGUGGCUUACCUCCUCGCAGACAGAGCCUCCCUGCUGGAGAAAAUACAAAGUCAGGAGAAUGUGGAUGUGAAGACUGCAGAGGAUCCUGAUGGCUAUAAGGAGGAUUGUAGAGGCAGUGUGGUCAAAGCUGUUGACCUGCAGUGCAGUGCCGACGAUAAGCUGAAGGGACGGACGUUGCAGGAACUGGAGCGAGAUGUAGAAGAGGCGUCUGCUCGACUCGCCAUGGCCCACAAAGAGAUCCGCAGACUCACGGAUGAGCUGGAGUCAGCUCACCUGACCCAAAAGGCUUAUGAACCAGAGCUGCAAGAAGCUCAAAUGGAAGUUGCCCACCUGCGCCACCAAGUGGAGAAACUGAAAUGCUGUGAAGUUGCUGAGUUACGAAAAAUAAAAGAGAUGAACGAGAAACAGGAAGAAGAGCUGUGCCACCUUAGGGAGACUGUGAAGAGGCUACCGGCAGAGCGUGUACAGUUGCUUGAAAUGACAGAAGCCCCUGACAGAACCGUCACUCCAUCCAAAGACAAGAAGCCACAGGAAGAGGAUAUCCAUAAACGGUGUCUUGACGAGAUGCAGGGGAGGUUACACAUGCUGCAAGAUCUGACGCAGGUCACGCUGAAGCUGCGGAUGGAGUUUGAGACGGAGGCCGACCUGCGGAGGAGAGCAGCGGAUGAAUGUGAAGAGCAGAAGAGGAAGAGGAUGGAAGCAGAGCGGUUAGUGCGAGACUUCCAGAAGCUCUGCGAGAAACAGGUGGAUGAUUACAGGACCACCAUCGGCAGCCUUCAGGUGGAGAUCAGAGAUUUAGUAACUAAGUUACGAGAGCUUGAGGCACAGGAUGUGGAAAGACAAUGUGACAAACACCUGAAGCAGGUGUCUUCUCUGGAGAAUGAAGUUUGCCAGCUGAAGGCCGUCCUUCAGGAGGAGCAGCAGAAGACCGGGCAGCUGUCCAUUACCAUGCAGAUGGAAAUUGACCAGACCAGAGCUUUGAUCCAGUCACAGAACAUCCAGCUUCAGCAGGAUGCAGAAGAGCAGAGGAGGAUGUUUGAGGAGCUGCAGGGCAUCCAGAACAUCCUCAGCACCACCAAACAAGAGCUGCUGUCCCAGAGGAGAAACAACACACGACUGCAAAACAACAUCACUGACGCCGAGCAGGAAAACCUCAGGCUCCAACAACACAUUGAAGACUUGAGGAACAGACUAACCAGCAGUCAACAGGAGACCGGCUCUCUGAGGACAGAACUUCAGCUAGCUCUAGUUAGUGUGGACGCUGAGAGGAGUAAAUACAACGACAAGCGAAUCCACUACAAAAACAAGCUGAGCCGGGCCAGAGGACUUUACCUGAGAGAGACAGGGUGGCGUGACGAAAAAAUAAAAGAUCUGGAGAAAGAGAUUUUUAUUUUGAGGAAACAGGAGGAAAAGACGUCACACAUGAUGAAGAUGGUCACAUCUGAAAACGAGAGUCUGCUUCAGAAGAACAGAGAGCUUCUUUUACAGCUGCACGACUUUGAAGAGGCACAGAAAAAUGCUUCGGAGGCAGUAACCUCCAUGCAGAUGAGGAUAAAGUUGCUUGAAGAAGAGAAUAUUCAGCUUCAGCAGACAACGGCACAAAUGUCAGAGCACAUCGAGUGCCUGGCGAUACUGGCCGAGACGAACUGUGAUGAAGUCACUGCCGAGAGUCGCGUCAUAGAGGGAGAAGACCAAGCUACUCUACUUACAUAAAUAUUUUUUUUCUUUUCAGUGUAAAUUAAGUUAUUUUUGUAAACCUAAAUAUUUCUAAAUAAAGAUCUCAUACCAU